UCAGCACCCCGGACAGCAGCGUCUGCCGAUGCGCAGAAGCGCCGCGGAUCCCUUUCACACCGGAGGACAGAGAGGCUGAGAGGCGCACAACAAAAAGCCACCAUCGCCGAACCCGAGGAAAAAGCAGGAGGAGAUAAACCACAGCGCACUGCCUCUCGGCAUCUCCGAUUGUUUCAUUUAGCAUGCCAUACCGGAAGGAGAAGCCAUAUUCGUCCGUUCUCAAAGUCAUCCAUUUCAAUAAGGGAACGCUGGUAUUCUUGAUAGCAUCAUCCGUAUCACUGUUGUUAUUUUCUUAAUCGUCAUCAUUAGACAAAACCCGUAUCUGCGGCUGCUCGCUCCUCGCAUGCACCCCUGAUGUAGAAGAACGGCUUGUAUUUUAUUUCUGGGGGGUGGGAGGGGGGGCGCAGCACCUUCGCGGUCCGCGCUGCGCGGAUCACUGACUAGACAGGAGGGAUGGAACCGCGGUGGAAAACGGAUCAGUGUUGUUGUGCUCGUUUGCGCCGUCGUAUCAGAUCCGAUUUACAAUGCAGACACGUUGGACUGUGAAUCCGCUCUCGGCGGGGCUCGGAGGUGAAGUGCGCGGGACGGAUUUGAAGACAUCACCCCGAAAAUUACAGAAAUAAUCAUUCGAAUAUUUUUUUUUUUAAAAAAAAGGAUCCAAGAUGAUCUGAGACACCGGAAUGGUGCCGAGGGACAAACAAAAAAGAGACGAUUUGAAUCGCGUUUAAUUCAAUUUCGCCUCCCAGCUGUUUUUCUCCCCCUGAGGAUUAUAAUAUUGGAUAUUGGAAGCGACACUCCGAUAUGGCUUUGUGGAUCUUUGGCUUAUAACGCGGGGCUCUAUUUUGUGUUUCUUUUCAAGUGCAUUUCAGUUUCUCUCUCUUUCAGUCGCAGGGCAUGUCCGAUGCAAACCCAGGCAAUAUAUCUUUAGAGGGGGGAGGGAGAAUCUGUCGCCGAGCCGCAUUUCCUGAACCAGCGCUCAGCUCCGAUCCCUCCGACUGGCGGCUCUUGACGCCGUGGACGCGGGCUCCCCCGGCCGCGCACGGCUGCUCGGUAUAAGGGUGUAUCAGCCUCCCCCCCCCAAAACCAUCCGAGACACGCGGGGCUGCCGGUCCGCACGCAGGAGGAGGGCUCGCCGCCUCCCCGGCUUCCAUCCGCAUUGGUGAUGAUCCGCGUGUCUCCGGGCACGGAGGGGACCGGGCGAAGACGCCCUCGCGGAGAGACCCGCACAUGGGAAUGUCGAUAUAAUACUCGGCGGCCACGCGUUCUGUCGCCCCGCUAGUCCGCUGUCACGGCGGUGUCAGCGUGCUGAGGCGUUUUGCCCAGUUUACUCGAUAGAGUGCCCCCACCCCCCACCCCACCCCCUAGAUAUCGACUUUUCCUCUUUCAGCCAUAGUCUUGCAUCUGAUUAAAUCAUCAUAAUAAUAAUCACAAUAUACAAUCUGGGUUUGCAAAAGCUGUAGCUGGCAUUCACGGGAUUCUCAUUUCCUUCAUCGUCAUCCAUAUCAUAGUUUAUUUCGCCCCGUGGCCUCAUCCACACAUGUUAAAUGAUGUUUAAGUAUCGGAUCCGCAUGUUUUUCAACGAGCUCAAAGUCCUGGUUCUGAUGCGGUCCGGUUCUCGACGGGCCGAGCCAGACAUAGACGCGGACAGGCGGAGCAGCAUGCGAGCUCUCGGGGUCGGGGGCUGCGGGUGGCCGCCCUUCGCCGACUGCUCUUCCCGGGACGAUGAGGAGGAGUACUACGGCACCGACCCCCGCCCCCGGAGCCUGGCUUUCGAGGAGAAGGACGGCAGGCUGCAGGCCGGCCUGGACGGCGUGUCGCUGUCCAGCAGCACGGAGAGCGGGAUGCGGACGCCGCAGUGCCGGAUCUGCUUUCAGGGACCCGAGCAGGGGGAGCUGUUGAGCCCGUGCCGGUGUGACGGCUCGGUCCGCUGUACCCACCAGCCCUGCCUGAUUCGCUGGAUCAGUGAGCGGGGAUCCUGGAGCUGUGAGCUCUGCUACUUCAAAUACCAGGUCCUGGCCAUCAGCACCAAGAAUCCCCUGCAGUGGCAGGCGAUCUCGCUGACAGUGAUUGAGAAGGUGCAGAUUGCGGCCAUCAUCCUGGGCUCCCUGUUCCUCAUUGCCAGCAUCUCCUGGCUCAUCUGGUCGUCCCUCAGCCCCUCUGCAAAGUGGCAGCGUCAGGACCUGCUCUUCCAGAUCUGCUACGGCAUGUAUGGCUUCAUGGACAUCGUCUGCAUAGGUGAGGAAACACUGUCUGCUCUGUGCUAA